AUGGCGGACAAAGACCCCAUCGUCACCCACAUCUUCACCGCAGACCCCUCCGCCCACGUCUUCAACAACAAACUCUACAUCUACCCCUCGCACGACCGCGAGUCCAACAUCCCCAACAACGACAAUGGCGACCAAUACGACAUGAACGACUACCACGUCCUAAGCAUGGAUUCCGUCGGCGGCCCCGUAACCGACCACGGCGUCGCUCUCCGCCAGGAAGACAUACCCUGGGUCAGCAAGCAACUCUGGGCUCCCGACGCCGCCACCAAAAACGGGAAAUACUAUCUCUUCUUCCCGGCCCGCGACAAGGAAGGCAUUUUCCGCGUGGGCGUCGCAGAGGGCGACACACCCGAAGGUCCUUUUAGGCCUGAACCCGAACCCAUCAAGGGCAGCUUCAGCAUCGACCCUGCCGUCUUCGUCGACGACGACGGCGCUGCGUACCUCUACUUUGGCGGCAUCUGGGGCGGCCAGCUGCAGUGCUGGCAGACGGGCAAGUUCGAGCGCAGCGCCUACGAGACCAUGGAAGCGCAAUCCGGUCCUGCGCUCUGCGCCAAAGUCGGGAAGCUAACAGACGACAUGAAGAGUUUCGCCUCCGACGUGACCGAUGUGGUCAUCUUGGACGAGGACGGCAAGCAGAUCCAGGCGCAGGAUCACGAUAGGCGGUUUUUCGAGGCCGCGUGGUUGCACAAGUAUAACGGCAAGUAUUACUUUUCUUACUCGACCGGUGAUACGCAUUUCCUUUGCUAUGCGGUUGGAGAUAACCCGCUGGGCCCGUUUACGUAUGGUGGAAGGAUUCUUGAACCCGUGAUUGGGUGGACGACGCAUCAUAGUAUUGCCGAGUUCAAGGGGAAAUGGUAUUUGUUCUACCACGACUCGAGUCUCAGCAAGGGCGUGAAUCACCUGCGGUGCGUCAAGAUUCGCGAGAUUGUGUAUGACGAGGCGGGCAAGAUUAAGUUGGCUGAGAGCCAGCCAAAGGUUGAGAGUUAG